UGCUAUAAAAGGAAAGUUACAGGAGCUGGGGGCUUAUGUUGAUGAAGAACUCCCUGAUUAUAUUAUGGUUAUGGUGGCCAAUAAGAAGAGUCAAGAGCAGAUGACAGAAGACCUUUCCCUUUUCCUUGGAAACAAUACUGUCAGGUUUACUGUCUGGCUCCAUGGCGUUUUGGAUAAGCUGCGAUCUGUCUCCACAGAACCAACCAGUGUAAAAUCUUCAGAAUCUAAUAUCUUUGAGAGCAACCUGCCUUCCAGCAAAAGCAGUUCAUGUGUGAGUGAUGAGAGGAGGCGUGAGGAUAUGUUGCCACCUCUUGCAGUGUCAAGCACUCGGACUGAAAGAAAUGACUCCAGAGUUUCAACCAGCUCACAGGAGCAGAGGAACGCUGCUUCCAGGCAGUCUUGUGAAGAUGGUUCUGCAUCCCGCUUAACAUCUACUGUCAAGCCUUUGCGGGAAUUGUCACCUUCUGAAGCUGUAAUUGACAUUAAACCUGAACCAGAUGAUCUAAUUGAUGAAGACCUAAACUUUGUGCAGGAGAAUCCUUUGUCACGGAAGAAACCUAUUGUGACUGUAACUUACGGUUCCUCUCGUCCCUCAGCCGAGAUCUACCGGCCACCAGCUGUCAGGAGUGCAGAUGGCAAUGCGCACGUGCCCAGAUUGUCACAACAGGGCAGCUUGCAGGAGAGCCGGCAGUCAGACACACAAGGCUGCAGGUCUUUGGAAACAGGCCAGCUGUGCAAUCCAGAAGCAUUUGGCAGCUUAGCAGAAGGUCACAGACCCACCUCCAAACUCGGUGCUGAUAAAGUGGGCAGUGAGGAGGAAAGCUCCAGGAAGAGGCGGCUGCCUGUUGUAAGCUCGGUAGUCAAAGUGAAAAAGUUCUGUAAUGAUGGAGACGAUGAAGAGGAAGAGGAAGACUACGGAUUGCGAACAGGAAGCAUCUCCAGCAGCGUGUCUGUACCUGCAAAGCCAGAAAGAAGACCUUCAUUGCCACCUUCAAAACAGGCCAAUAAGAAUUUGAUACUGAAAGCAAUCUCUGAAGCACAGGAAUCAGUUACGAAAACAACCAAUUAUUCGACUGUUCCACAGAAACAGACUGUUCCAGUUGCUCCAAGAACUCGAAUUAGCCCAGAAGAAUCACAGCUAGAAGUAAUUCAUGUGCAAAGCAGACUGCCUAUUCUGAGUUCUCAUCUUCAAGUAGAAGAGCCAAAGGAGCAGACAGUUGAAGAAAUUCAAGGAAUUGAACAAAAGGAGCUCUCUUGUCGGCUUCAGAUUGAUCCUAUGAUUGAAGAUGCCUUGCAAGUGACUCAAGAUUACUGUGACCCAGAAUCUAUGGUCCACUCAGAUACUCGGUGUUUUAUCCUGAAGAAGCCCAAGUUAUCAGAGGACAUGGCACCACAGAAUCAGCAAUUGGGAAAGAAGGGUACAGAGGCAGUGCGAGUUCACUCAGGACGUCUAAUACAGACACGAGAUCAGUUUGCACAGCCAGAGAAACCUGCUAGUCCCAAGUUCAUUGUGACACUGGAUGGUGUGCCCAGUCCACCAGGAUACCUUUCUGAUCAGGAGGAGGAAGAUAUGUGUAUAAUGGAAGGAUUAAAGCCAGUUACCCAUCACAUGUGUGCUGGCAAAGGAUUAAAAGGUCUUCGAGCACAGCAGAUGCAAAUUGUAACAAGGCAGCUGGAGAACUGUGAUGUGGAAAUGGAAGACUUAAAUAUGCUGCAAAAGCAGGAGAAGGUGCUGGAGCGCUGCAAGUACUGGCCUGCCUGUAAGAAUGGAGAUGAAUGUGUGUACCAUCACCCCACACAGCCUUGCAAAGUUUUUCCUAACUGCAAAUUUGCUGACAAAUGCCUGUUCAUCCAUCCAAACUGUAAAUAUGAUGCAAAGUGCACUAAGCCAGACUGUCCUUACACUCACGCCAGUCGACGAAACCCCCAUCCAGCUCCUAAACCAGCACCCCUGCCCACCCUGUCCAUCUCCUCCAGUAGUCCGCUGUGUAAGUUUUUUCCAGCUUGUAAGAAAAUGGAGUGUCCAUUCUAUCACCCAAAAGUAAGAUAUAUUUCCUAUCUUCCUUCCUUUCUAGAAAGAGACUUGAAACAUGCUACUUUGGGACAGGCUAUGUUACUAGGAUUUAACACUUUCUGCUUUUACUUUUCACAUUCUAACUUUGCCUUAUAAGCAGAAUACACAAAAGUAGUGACUUAAGGAAUUUGGAAAAUUACACUUAUUAGUAAUCUUUCUACCAACUGCUGCUGGGGAACUUCGAACAGGUCAUAUCUCUUUUCAAAAUAUACUCACCCAGGAUGCUGGGGGCAGAGAGGAGCCUUUUGGGAAGGAGUUUGUCUUA